AUGUAUUCUAUAAAACCACAAGGACUCAAUUUCUCUGUUCGAGUAUUUUGUGACAUGACGUCAAAGAAUGGUGUUGGUGUGACAGAGAUUGGACAUGACAGUGAAUCAAGAACACUUGUGAGAGGAUGUGAACUUCCAGGUUGUUACAAUCGAACGAUUAAAUAUAAAAUUUCCAUGGAGCAGAUUGUUGCCAUUAUCAACCAGUCCAAGAAUUGUGAGCAGUUUAUAAAAUAUGAAUGUUUUGCCAGCCGGUUGCUAGAAUUUCCCGAUGUUUGGUGGGUAUCACGUCGUGGUUAUCAAAGCAAACGGUUCAUAGGGGGUUUUGGUUGGUGGGUAUCACGUCAAGGUUCAAAGAUGAAUUACUGGGGUGGGGCGGCAGUCGACAGUGGAAACUGUUCAUGUGGAAUGAACAACAGCUGUGCAGGGGGAGGAAACUGUAAUUGUAAUAUGAAUGACUACGCAUGGCGUGAAGACAGUGGAUACCUGACAGACAAGAACACGCUGCCUGUUACUGAACUGAGAUUUGGAGAUGCUGAUGGUCAUGAAUCCAGUAACGGAGAAAGAGAGUCAGGUUUUCAUACACUGGGAAAAUUACGUUGCUGGGGUUAA